UUCUUCUGGAUCAGUUUUAAUCUGGAAUCAUAAGCAGCGAUUAUUGCAGCGAGUUGUUCUUUUUCUCCUGCCUUACAUGGAGGCCUCCAAGUUCUUUCUAUAUCAGAGCUCGUGUUUUCAGCAAACAGUUGCUUUGCGUCCUCCUGUCUCUCUCAAUAGACACUGUUCUGGGUUAUCCCAUUAGUUACCUUCUCAUUGCUUUGCCAUCAAUAUAUGUGGGUCUUCUACAAAUCAACCUCCUCCGUUUAUUCUUGCUUCAAGUUAUCAACUUUCAAAGUCUGUAAUUUAUUCUCUUAUUUAUUACAACUGAGGGGGUUGUAUUGAGACUCGGUGAUUAUUCUUAUGGGAUGGGGCUGUUUCCGUUGUCCAUUCUUUUGCUGGUGAAGCUCUGCAUCAUUAGCUAUGCUUUGGGACUAGAAGGAUCUAGAGAUUUUGCUGUUUCCCCAUCCCCAGCAACGAUGCCAGUGCAUUCUUCUCCCAAAAAGUCACGGGGACCGAUUGCCCCAAAUACACCGGCCGUGCCAAAUGGGCCUUUAUUGCACCAUUCAGUUACAUUAUCACCUCCCACAACUCAAUUGCCAAAGAAAACAACGGGGGCCGAGCCAUCUGCAUCACCAAGUGCAAGUGCGACAAUGUCACCACCUCCAUCAUUUGAGGUUGUUCCCCCACCCUCAACUGAACCAUCUGCAUCAGCAAGUACAAGUGCGACAAUGUCACCACCUCCAUCAUUUAAGGUUGUUCCUCGACCCUCAACUGAGCCAUCUGCAUCACCUAGUAAAAAUGCUACAAUAUUACCACCCGCAUCAUCUAACGUUGAUCCCCCACCCUCUACUGAGCCACCUCCAUCACCAAGUACAGGUGCUGCAAUAUCACCACGUCCACCAUACAGCGUUGUUCCUCCACCCUUAACUCAGCCAUCUGCACCACCAAGUGCAACAGGAUUACCACCUUCAUCGCAUAAGGUUGUUCCUCCACCCUCAACUUCACAAGGGCUAGUGCCACCACCAGUACGACCAAGUCCACCUCAAAGAAUAGAACCUGCUUUGACACCUCCAGUCUCCACACCUGAUGUCCCAGCCCCCAUUGCACCACCUUCUGUUGAUAUGCCUAAACAUUCACCAGUUGGCUUGCCAGUUGAACCAGAUUUUCCACAUAAAAGAAAUGCAAAUGAGAGUCACCACGUGGAGCCAGUUUCACCAGCUGCAACACCUCCUAUCAAUUUACCCAAAAUCUCACCGGGCCGCCCACCAACUGAAGAUGGAAGUUUUCCACCCAUUAUUCACAAAAGUGAUGCAAAGAAAGGUCACGCGCCUGAGGCAGCUUUACCAGCCCGAGCAGUACCACCUGCCAAAUUGCCAAACAGUUCACCAAUCAGCCAACCAACUGGACAUGGAGGUUUACCUCCUAAUAUCCAUAGUAGGAAUACAACCUCUCUUGUACCUCCUGCCAGUUUGCCUCAAAUUUCACCAGUCAGCCGACCAACCACACAUGGAAGUUUACCGCCUAAAGUUCACGAAAGGAUUCCAAACAAGGGUCGCACCCCAGGGCCAGUGUCGCCAGGAUCUGUUGCAUCCUCCCCAAGAAAAGUGCAACACAACCCACCACUAGUUCACCCUAUUUCCCCAAGUUUAACUCCACCUAUAUUACCUGCACCGGUUGCAUCACCAUCAAGUGCACUUCCCGUUAACCCACCACCGUCCGUCCACCCAGUUAAACCAGUAUUAUCUCCAUCAGAAUUACCAGCACCUGUUGUCUCUCCUUCAUCAACUCCUUCCAGAAUUAUCAAUUGGAAAAAGGGUGGAGCACCAGUUGCUGCACCUUUGUAUAGACGAUCAAAGCCACUUCCAGCUUUAACACAUUCCCCAGCCCAAGCCCCUGCUGCACGUGAGCAUCAUCACAAAAACAUAGUCACCAGUCCUGCUCCAGCAUCAUCAGAUCUAGUCUCUCCUCCCACUUCAGUUAACCAAGGUCAAGCAAUGCCUCCUUCAUUACUCCCAACAAGUGGACGAAGACAUUAUGCUCCACCACCAGCGAACCCAGCUACUACAUUCUCUUUCCCAACUAUGCCACCAAGAAGCCAGGUUUCACAUGCUCCAUCUCCAUUGUUCAAAUUUGGCCCUCAUCCUGCCAAAAUACCAUUUCUUUCUCCUGAAUCGCCUCCUGGGUCUUCUUCCAAGAGACCUAAGACACCCGUCCAGCCGAAAGUUCAAGCACUUCCACCUCCUCCUCCUAAUGAAGAUUGUUUAUCAACCGUUUGCACUGAGCCCUAUACAAAUUCUCCCCCUGGAGCACCCUGCAGAUGUGUAUGGCCCAUGCAAGUUGGUCUUCGCCUUGGUGUUUCUCUUUAUACCUUCUUCCCUUUGGUUUCAGAAUUGGCUUCUGAAAUUUCCACUGGGGUUUUCAUGAAGCAAAGUCAAGUUCGCAUAAUGGGAGCUAAAUCAGCUGAUCAGCAACCAGACGAAACCGAUGUCCUAAUUGAUCUGGUUCCACUUGGGGAAAUUUUUGAUAACAAUACAGCUUUUUUGACCUCUCAGAGAUUUUGGCAUAAAAAGGUUGCUAUAAAAGCUUCCUACUUUGGAGACUAUGAAGUGUUAUAUGUGAGCUAUCCAGGCUUACCGCCAUCGCCUCCUCUACCACCAAGCAUGACAAUGAUAGAUGGUGGGCCAUAUUCUAAUGGCAACAAUGGAAGGGCAAUAAAGCCCAUUGGGGUGGACAUACCAAAAAGACAGCAUAGAAAUCGACUUAGUGGCGGUGUGAUUGCCAUUAUUUCACUUUCAGCAUUUGUAGCUGUUCUUUUAUGUUCUGCUGCCGCAUGGGUCUUGUUGUUCAAGCGCAGAGAUCAUGUAUCUCAAACAGCAUCAACUCCGCGGACUUUGCCACCUUCUCUUUCGAAAACCCCAGGCACUGUUGGGUCAGUGACUGGAGGUGGGCCAGUUUCUGCAUCUUCAUCAUUUCGAUCUAGCAUUGCAGCUUAUAAAGGUUCUGCCAAGAAUUUCAGCAUGAGUGACAUUGAGAGAGCCACUAAUAAGUUUCAUACUUCAAGAAUACUUGGAGAAGGUGGUUUUGGGCGUGUUUAUAGUGGUACUCUUGAUGAUGGGACAAAAGUGGCAGUCAAGGUUCUAAAGAGGGAGGAUCAUCAUGGUGAUCGUGAAUUCCUAGCUGAAGUUGAGAUGCUUAGCCGUUUGCACCAUAGAAAUUUGGUCAAGUUGAUAGGCAUAUGCACAGAGGAGACAUUCCGCUGCUUGGUUUAUGAACUCAUUCCGAAUGGCAGUGUGGAUUCCCAUUUACAUGGAGUUGACAGGGAGACCAGUCCAAUUGAUUGGGUUGCCCGCAUGAAGAUAGCUCUUGGUGCUGCUCGUGGUCUGGCUUAUCUGCAUGAAGAUUCAAGUCCCCGCGUAAUACAUAGGGACUUCAAGUCCUCCAACAUCUUGUUGGAAGAUGAUUUUACACCGAAAGUAUCUGAUUUUGGACUGGCCCGAAUAGCAACGGAUGAGGAGAACAGACACAUAUCGACACGUGUCAUGGGAACAUUUGGUUAUGUCGCUCCAGAGUAUGCCAUGACCGGGCAUCUUUUGGUAAAGAGUGAUGUUUACAGCUAUGGUGUUGUUCUUCUUGAGCUUCUGACCGGAAGAAAGCCAGUGGACAUGUCACAACCUCCGGGUCAAGAGAACCUUGUUGCAUGGGCACGUCCUCUGCUGACAAGCAAAGAAGGACUCGAAUCAAUAAUAGAUCCGUCACUAGGACCCGAUGUGCCUUUUGAUAGUGUGGCUAAAGUUGCAGCCAUUGCUUCAAUGUGUGUGCAACCAGAGGUAUCAAACCGUCCUUUCAUGGGAGAGGUUGUUCAGGCUUUAAAACUCGUAUGUAAUGAAUGUGAUGAAGCAAGAGAAGCAUUUUCAAGAAGUUCUAGCAAGGAUGAUUUGUCUGUUGACUUGGACAUGGGAGUCAGUACUACUUCUGGACAACAAGCAGAUAACUUCCAAGGACCACACUUCGCUACCAGCAUGGACCGUGGAGUAGAUAUUGAAAGAGGGUUAUCAGCGUCAGAAUUAUUCAGUUCAUCUGCAAGAUUUGGUCGACAAGAGUCAGGAUCAUUUAGAAGACACUCUUACUCAGGUCCUUUGAUGACUGGAAGAAGCAGACGAUUAUGGCACAUGUUUAGAAGGCUUUCUGGUGGUAGUGUCAGUGAACACAGAAUCAUGUACAAGUUGUGAUCAUUUUGACACUGAACCAUUGCAUAAUGUGAAGUCGUAGUGGAUCUCUCUCUCUUAAUUUGUUGGUAUGCUUUAUAAGCGCAAUCUGGUCAUCGAUGUUUGCUCUCUGUUUGGCCUUUGAAAGAGUGACAUGGGAAUUGGCAUAAACUGUAAAUGCUUCGCUGUAAAGAGGAGAAAACAAUGUGAAUCUAUCUUGAAGAGAGAGAUGAGAGAAAUGUGAAAGAUGAAAGAAAGCCUUUUGCUUGGUUGCAAAGAAAGCCUUUUGCUUGCUUGCUUAACUGGGAACUCAUUUUCCACUGCGCAAUACCAUAUGCAGUUGCAGCAUAAUAGAUCUGGCGGAAGAGAUCUCUGGUUAACUAUACAGGCAGCGAAUUUCAACGGAUGCUUAUAGUUCUUAGUCACGACACAGAUGAGCAUAACUUCACUGGCACUGUAAGAAAUAAAGAGGGAGCCAUCAGUUGUGGUGCCUCUUCAAGAAUGUUCUGAUACAAGUCUUGGAGGAAAGUUGCCUCCGGUUUUUUGUUAUCUUAUGGAUCGUUUGGUCUACUGUACUAAGUACUAACUAUAAUAGGGUCUGUUUAAAAUUAUAUAUAUAUAUGUUUAUUAUUUUUUUUGGUUAAAUAUUUGUUUUAGAGUUGUCUCUUUCUCUAUCAGAUGUUGUUGUUUCAUUAGGCCAGUUUAUUUUGUACUAAACUUGCUCGUAAAUUCGAGUCAAAUAAGUAUAUCUAGCUCCUUGUACGUGUCUCUCGUUUUAGUUUGUCAUUGAUUAAUUCUA